CAUUACACCUUCAAUCUUUUCAAUCAGUGGUAGAUUGAGAAGGGCUAAAAUGGGCGGAAGCGUGGCGGCGACGGUGGUUUUCGACUUUGAUCGAACCAUAAUGGACGAUGACAGUGACAGAUGGAUCAUCAAGGAGUUGGGUCUCACCCACCUAUUCAACCAACUUAGGCAAACCAUGCCUUGGACCUCUCUCAUGGAUAGGAUCAUGGAGGAGCUCCACUCGAACGGAAUCACUGUCGAUCACAUUGCAGAGUGCCUUAAAAGAACCCCCUUGCAUCCCAACAUUGUUUCAGCCAUCAAAUCUGCACACGCUCUUGGGUGCGACUUGAGGAUAAUCAGUGACGCAAAUAUGUUUUCCAUUCGGACCAUUCUGGAACACCAUGGUUUAUUAGGUUGCUUUUCACAGAUUAAUACAAACCCUGGUUUUGUAGAUAAUGAAGGACGUCUUCGUGUCACUCCCUUUCAUGAUUCAGCCUUGUCUCCUCAUGCUUGUUCCCUCUGCCCUCCCAACAUGUGCAAGGGUUUAGUGAUAGCCCAAAUUCGAGGUUCUUUUCCUGGAAAUGAAAGAAAAAUCAUCUACCUUGGAGAUGGAAUAGGUGAUUAUUGCCCAACUUUGAGGCUGAAGGGAGAUGAUUUUGUGAUGCCAAGGAAAAAUUAUCCGCUCUGGAAUCGGAUUCAAAGUGACCCAAAAUUAGUUUCUGCAGAAGUUCAUGAUUGGAGCAAUGGGGAGGAGUUGGAGAGCAUUCUACUCAACCUUAUAAACAAAAUAACCCCCACUAGUUGCUAGGAUAGAUACUCACACCCUUCCCCUGUGGGUUACCAAUGCUCCAGCCUUUGGCACCUUAGAGAUUCAAUAAGGGUAUAACUCCAUGAAACUCGAGUGAAGUGAUUCUUUGAAGGGGUUUUGUACUCCACCUAACUUACACAAUUUCUCUUCAUGUAUUCCAGCAGAUAGGAAAACUAUAGGAAUAAUUAUUGUUAGUGCACGCACUCUUCAGAAGCUUUUAAGAUUUUUUGUCUUCUGCUAAAUACGUUACAGUUAUG